GAAGAGGGGACGGCCAUGGCAGCUGCGCGGCGGCAACGGCGGCUGCGACGGAGCGCGCGCCCGGCUUUGAAUGAGCGGGGCUGGGACUGAAAAGGCGGAGCGCGAGCUCAAAGAAACGAACGGCAGCGCGCGCGCGCCUCGUGUGCGCGCGCGGCCCGCGGCAGCUCGGAGCCUCCGCCGGGCGGGGAGGGGGAGGGGCAGGUUUUAAUUCUCAUCAUGGCUAUCACUCAGUUUCGGCUAUUUAAAGUUUGUACCUGCCUAGCAACAGUAUUCUCAUUCCUAAAAAGAUUAAUAUGCAGAUCUGGCAGAGGAAGGAAAUUAAGUGGAGACCAAAUAACUUUACCAACUACAGUUGAUUAUUCAUCAGUUCCUAAGCAGACAGAUGUGGAAGAGUGGACUUCCUGGGAUGAAGAUGCACCCACAAGUGUGAAGAUUGAAGGAGGGAAUGGGAAUGUGGCAACACAACAGAAUGCUUUGGAACAAAUGGAACCUGACUAUUUUAAGGACAUGACACCAACUAUACGGAAAACUCAGAAAAUCAUCAUUAAGAAGAGAGAACCAUUAAAUUUUGGCGUCCCAGAUGGUAGCACAGGUUUCUCCAGUAGAUUAGCUGCUACACAGGAUAUGCCUUUUAUUCACCAAUCUUCUGAAUUAGGUGACUUAGAUACCUGGCAAGAAAAUACCAAUGCAUGGGAAGAAGAAGAAGAUGCAGCCUGGCAAGCAGAAGAAGUUCUGAGGCAGCAGAAAAUAGCAGACAGAGAAAAGAGAGCAGCAGAACAACAGAGGAAGAAAAUGGAAAAGGAAGCACAGAGGCUAAUGAAGAAAGAACAAAAUAAAAUUGGUGUGAAACUUUCAUAACAAAUGUUCUUCAAAUGUCAUAGUGCCAGUAGGAGAAAUCUGAGCUCCACAACCCAGACAUCAUUUAUUUGGAUUUAAGAAUAUUUUCAGAAUACAAACACACUGCUUAAUUUCAGUGCAUUCAUCAGGCCAUCCAGGACACCAGAAUUCUCCCAAAGUACCUUGAACUCCUAGUAAUUAAGACUCAAAAGAACAAAAAGGACUUAUGAGACAAUAUUUUCUUCAACAUGCUCCAAAUAUAAGACAGUUGUUUGCUGUAGAGAAAUUAUUACGAAUGGAAUAUACCAGUACCUCUCAAGCUAGUGUUUCUAGCUAAAUUAAUGGUUGUAAAUAAUUUUAUGAUGGAAAAGAACUCUGCUAUUAUGCUUUCCUUCAAUGUGCAUAAUUAUAAAAUAAAUAAUUUUAAUAUUCUUUGUUUCCAUUAUUAUCUGACCUAAAUUAGAUAAAUUGUAGAGCUUCAGCUUCUUUAUCUUUGUUGUCAGAAGCUGAUGUUGGCAUACGUUUUCUCUAAUUUGGACUGGUUUUGCUUAUGUUUGGUAGAACAUUAAGGAAUAUGAAAUUUUGGGUUUUCAAAAAAAAUGACAUUAAAUGCAAUAAUCUGAUAAAUAUUUUAUACUUCAUUAUUUUCUUUUGAUGAUAUAAUGUUAAGCAUAUUUGUAAUUUAUGUUGCAUGUGUAAACAUUGAAAAUCAGCUAAAAUGACAAAUUUGUUUCACAUUAUUAUAACUUGUGAGUUUUAAUUGGUAUUUAUAAUUUUUCCCUUUCAUUACAGAUUUUAAGAUGUUGUGGUGUCUUUAAAUACUUUAGUUUUUCCUCCACCUCAAAAGCCAUUAAGUUUCAAAUGCAGAAAGAUGUCAGUUCUAUAUUUCAGAGCUUUUGGAUGAAUGCUAUUUAAUAUAUCUGGUAUAAUGCAGGUUACCUGUGUUGUUGGCUAAGGUAAUGUUAGGGACUCAUUAAAUUAUAAACCAUGAUAGGAAUAAUAAUUUUAUUUAUGGUGUUCAUAGACUUGUCAUAAAGAAAUAGUUGUAUAUUGUAUUCAUAAGGGGAAAAACAGAUUUGAUAGUUUAAAAUCCCAUUAAAUUUUUUUUCCACAA